ACUCGAGCGCCGAUCGGUACCCGGGCGGAGGGCGAUGUGAGAGGAGUCCAGGGGCUCCGUCGCUGCACUUCGCUCUCAACAGGGGGAGCAUCGUGUGAGACGCCGUGAGCAGAUCGCUCAGCCUAAUCUCAGUUCCAGCGUUGACCAUGAAGACGGAGGAGCAGCCGCAUCAGGACCAGUCGCACCGGGAGCAGAGGAGAGGGGGAGCCGCGCGCAGCUGCGGCAUCUUCGCACCUUGAACCGAGCGCACCUGCGGAGUACUGCGAAGGAGAGGAGAGGAGAGGGCAUGGCGGGCGGGCGGAGGGGACUGGUGGCCCCACAGAACACUUUCCUGGAGAACAUCGUGAGGCGCUCGAACGACACCAAUUUCGUUUUGGGGAAUGCCCAGAUUGUGGACUGGCCCAUCGUAUACAGCAACGAUGGGUUCUGCAAGCUCUCCGGCUACCACCGGGCCGAGGUCAUGCAGAAGAGCAGCACGUGCAGCUUCAUGUACGGGGAGCUUACGGACAAGGAGACGACCGAGAAAGUACGGCUAACCUUUGAAAACUAUGAGAUGAACUCUUUUGAAAUUCUCAUGUACAAGAAGAACCGGACCCCGGUGUGGUUUUUUGUCAAGAUCGCUCCCAUUCGAAACGAACAGGACAAGGUGGUGCUGUUUCUGUGCACCUUCAGCGACAUCACAGCGUUCAAACAGCCAAUUGAAGACGAUUCUUCCAAAGGCUGGGGGAAGUUUGCCCGUUUAACCCGUGCUUUGACCAGCAGCCGAGGUGUCUUACAGCAGCUGCAACCUACCGUCCACAAGGGAGAGAACGUGCACAAGCACUCCCGCCUGGCUGAGGUGCUGCAGCUGGGCUCUGACAUCCUUCCCCAGUAUAAGCAGGAGACUCCAAAGACCCCACCUCACAUCAUCCUCCACUACUGCGCCUUCAAGACCACCUGGGACUGGGUCAUCCUCAUCCUCACCUUCUACACGGCCAUCAUGGUGCCCUACAAUGUGUCCUUCAAAACCAAGCAGAACAACGUGACCUGGUUGGUGGUGGACAGCAUUGUGGAUGUCAUCUUCCUGGUGGACAUCGUGCUCAAUUUCCACACCACCUUUGUUGGCCCAGCUGGGGAGGUCAUCUCAGACCCCAAGCUCAUCCGUAUGAACUACCUGAAGACCUGGUUUGUCAUCGACCUGCUCUCCUGCCUGCCAUAUGAUGUCAUCAAUGCCUUUGAAAAUGUGGAUGAGAACUGGAACCAUCGAGCUGUCACUCAAGGCAUCAGCAGCCUGUUCAGCUCCCUGAAGGUGGUUCGGCUGCUCCGGUUGGGUCGGGUCGCCCGCAAACUGGACCACUAUAUUGAGUACGGGGCAGCCGUGCUGGUUCUGCUGGUCUGUGUCUUCGGCCUGGCUGCUCACUGGCUCGCCUGCAUCUGGUACAGCAUCGGCGACUACGAGGUCAUCGACGAGGACACCAACUCUGUGCGCAACGACAGCUGGCUUUACAUGCUGGCCGAAACGGUGGGCUCGCCGUACCGUUUCAACGCUUCUGGGUCUGGCAAGUGGGAAGGAGGCCCCAGCAAGGACUCCGUGUACAUCACCUCCCUGUACUUCACCAUGACCAGCCUGACCAGUAUCGGCUUCGGCAACAUCGCACCCACCACCGAUGGCGAGAAGAUCUUCGCCGUGGCCAUGAUGAUGAUCGGAUCUCUCCUGUACGCCACCAUCUUCGGUAACGUGACCACCAUCUUCCAGCAGAUGUACGCCAACACCAACAGGUACCACGAGAUGCUCAAUAGUGUGCGGGACUUCCUGAAGCUGUACCAGGUGCCCAAAGGCCUGAGUGAGAGAGUGAUGGACUACAUCGCCUCCACCUGGUCUAUGUCCAGAGGCAUCGACACUGAGAAGGUGCUGCAGAUCUGCCCCAAGGACAUGCGAGCGGACAUCUGCGUGCACCUCAACAGGAAGGUGUUCAAGGAGCACCCGGCCUUCCGGCUGGCCAGCGACGGCUGCCUGCGCGCCUUGGCCAUGGAGUUCCAGACCAUCCACUGCGCCCCAGGGGACCUCAUCUACCACGCGGGCGAAAGCGUGGACAGCCUCUGCUUCGUGGUGUCCGGCUCCCUGGAGGUCAUCCAGGAUGACGAGGUCGUUGCCAUUUUGGGAAAGGGAGACGUGUUUGGCGACGUGUUCUGGAAGGAGGUGACGCUCGCCCAGUCCUGCGCCAACGUGCGCGCCCUCACCUACUGCGACCUGCACGUCAUUAAGCGCGACGCCCUGCAGAAGGUUCUUGAGUUCUACACGGCCUUCGCCAACCACUUCUCCCGCAACCUUCUGCUGACCUAUAACCUUCGGAAAAGGAUUGUGUUUCGGAAGAUCAGCGAUGUGAAGCGUGAAGAAGAGGAACGGCUGAGGAGGAAGAAUGAGGCCCCGCUGAACCUGCCCCCUGAUCAUCCCGUGCGCCGCCUGUUCCAGAGGUUUCGGCAGCAGAAAGAGGCACGUCUGGCAGCUGAGCGCCCCACCUUAGAUGAAGCCGAUGUGGAGAAGGGCACAGUGCAGGUCGAGCAGGCCACUGUGCAUGAUGCCAUUGCCACCACCAGCAUUGUCACAGUUACAGAGAGUCCCGCCACACCCGUCCCAUCAGUCUCAGCUGCCUCCACCUCAGGAGCAUCUGACCGUGCCAAACUCCAGGCCCCCUCCCCAGCCAACCCAGCUAGCUGCAAGUCUGUGGAACCCACCAAGGGGAAAGGCUGGGGCCGCUUCAAGGAGGCGGUCGGCAAAGCAGACGGCUGGAGCAAAGUGUCCAAGGCGGAGUCCAUGGAGACGUUGCCGGAGAGGACCAAGUCCCACGAGGAGACAUCCCUGAAGAAGACUGACUCCUGUGACAGUGGCAUCACCAAAAGCGAUCUGCGGUUAGACAACAUGGGCGAUGCACGCACCCCGCAGGACCGGAGCCCCGUGCAGCCCGAGGUGAAGCACACCUUCUACCCCAUCCCUGAGCACUCUAUACAGGCUUCUAUCCAAGAGCUGAAACAUGAACUGAAGGAGGACAUUAAGGCUCUCAACAACCGCAUGGCUGCCUUGGAGGGCCAGCUAGCUGAGAUGCUGAGAAUACUGAAGGCGCGGAGGCCCCCAGGCUCCCCACAGCCGCUGUUUGAGAUCUCUCGGCCUGCAUCGCCCGAUUCAGACAAGGAGGAUAUCUUCUCAUAAAGCGUGUGAGCGAGAAGACUCCACAGGUGCAGUUUGUUAGCAUAUCCUGCUAACUGCACAUGGACUCAGGAGGCAGCCCUACUGAGUCACAGUACUUGCUACAUUACUACGCAAGUGCAAGAUGGCAGAAAUAUUUGGGUGUUUUAAAGUCCCCAUGACGGAGCUGUCCAAGGUGGGUAUCGAGCUGGGAGCUGACACUGACCCUGCACUCUGCUGCUGUUCUGCAUUGUAAUAGUCGCACCUCAAGGAACCUCAAUACCCGCGCCGAGGGUUCGACUGGGUGACGGCACCACUGCGUCUGUAACCCUUCGCCUCUGUACAUUAGCUGUAGCGCUGAGGUCCAGCAGUCUUUGUUUGGUAGAGUUCUUGAAAGGAGAGAGCACAGCUAUAUUUUUAUUUAUCAGUCCAGCCUUUCUAGGCAAUUUCUGUCCUUUCAUCUGAUUUUAACAGCAUUUUGAAAAGAGGCAUUCACUGUUUGCUUUUUUAAAACUUGCCUUCAAUUCUUUCAUAUUAUAUUGUGCUAGCUGUCUUUUCCAACAUCUUCAUGAAGACGUUCUCAGGACCAUUCCUUUGUUUUUCUUUAUUGUACUGUACGUAAGAUCACAUUUCCCUUCAUUUACCUCCACGUGCCCCUACUCUUAUUUCCAACACUAUUUCCCCACCACUCUUCCUUCUUCCUUCGGUGUACUAAAAAAAAAAAAAAGAGAGAGUAACUAGAACUCAUAAGUGUUUCUUCUGCACUAAGAGAUGACUAGUUGUCCUUGUAGUUCAUGCAUGUGAAAGAGAUUGGAGCCCUGUAGUUUUUACAGUUGUCUGGGGAGGUAGACAGACCUUUAAAUUAACGCAAAGAAAGUUGCAGGAUGUCUUGCAGGGUCUUCCAAAACAUUAUUCAUGGACUUCUUUAUCGUCCUCAGAACAAUGUGUGGCCCAGUAAUAUAUUGUACUUGCGUGCAUGUCCAUUCCUCGUGGCCUUGACUGUAGAUUUGCUUCCCUUGUUGUUUAAAUUCCAGACCCAACUUUGAGACUGUAGCUUAGUCCUUUAGUUUUACAUUUUUACAACUAUAUGGGUCUAAGCAGGUUUCAAAGCAAGAUGUAGCUGGUGGGUGUCAGAUGCAUUCCACAAAGAAAAAUGCAUGUUGCUUUUCAUUUUGUCCCAUUACCAUGCUCAUCUUAAGAGGUUCAAGGAAUUGCAGUGAUCGCAAAAGUCAAAAUCACCAAACUGUCUAGUUCAGGUCUGGAGCAAAAUUCUGCAUGCACAUGACCUUUUCUGGAAUGACACUCCUGCAAGAGGAGGAUUAUAUAUAGAGUGAUUGGGAUCUUUUCGAUGAUUUACUGAUAGACCUUUCUCAGUUGUUUGACAUGUAUUCUGAGGUUCUCAAUGCUACGUGCUCCUUGGAAGUUUGAGUGUUGCUACUGAAUCAGGUAGAGGAAGCUUCCUUCAGUGACCGCUGAACACAAAUCAGCAGAAUGACAGAGCAUGGUCGGAUGAAUAUCUUUUACACUUUGGUAACUGAUGUGCCGUCCACUGUCUGUGCUUCGGCUUUAAAGACUUGAACUUUUUUCCCAUUAUUUUUCAGUGUGAAUCUCCGGACUGUUGAGUCAUGCACCCCCUUUAUGGUUUCAUAUCACGUUGCACGCUAGCUACUCAGAAAAAUGCCAUAUCACAGUUUUCUCAGCUUCACAGUGGAGCAGCUGCUGGAAAUGUUUUCUAGGGGAGGCUGUGUGAGAUGUGACAGACAAUGUAACUGUACAUUGACAGGGUUGCUGCUCAAUUCACAAAGUAGAAAUUAUACAAAGGAUGCCACAGUUACUUAUUCAAAGAUUCUCACAAGUCUAUAAUCUCUGGAAGCAACCCUUUUUGAACAGAAUAAUUUGAAUGGCACAAUUUUAUGGUAAUGUAGAGGUGAUGAGAACUUUAAGACCAUUUCCUCAAAUAUAAAACCUUCUGGUAAAUCAGGAUUAGCCACAGAUGAAAAGUGUAAAAGCCCCCUUCUUGGUUUUACCAGUCCUCAGUGAUUGUCUUUUCUCUCACGUGUGAGCAGUGAAAGCAAAACUCCUCAGUCAUAGCGAGUGUGUUUAUUCUGGUCACCAUAGAUACAGCUAUGUCAGAUUUUUGAUGUACGACACAUGAAUGUUAUUUAAAACUUUUGAACAAUGCAAAGCCAAAUUUUGAACUGCAAUUGUGCUUAAAUUUGGGAAGAAAGCAAUAAUCUCGACAAGUGAAAUGUUAAGGCAAAAUUUCUCUUAAGUGACCAUUCAGGUCCUUAAAAUUGGCAAGGUUUGGUAAGAUGGUACUAGAUGCUACAGGUGCUGUAGAACUUUACAGGGCUUCGUGCUUGAGGCCCACUGGUAAUGGCCAGCUGAGAGGAAAUCAGGAAUGUUAUGUUAGACACAGAGUAGGCUGGCUCAGUGAAACAAACAUGUUCAUUAUGCCCAACACCUGAGCCCAGGCCAGGAUGCCUGUGCAAUGGCCAGUAGUUAGCAAUAAUAUUAUCCAUCACAUCUGCCCUGCUAACAGAAUGUAUUAACUCAUAUUGCCUCCCUUGUCACAUCAGACUAGAUUAAAAGAGCACGUGCUGAUGGCUGGCAAUUAUAAGGCAGAAGGGGAAAAAUAAUGGACCCUUGAGUGGUGCUCUGAGGAACCCCUUGCUUAAGACUGUACUCCUAUGCAUACUUAGUCAUUUUCAAAAUUAUACUGAUUUUAGUUCUAAAUACAACUGAACCGUGGCCACUGAAGAGUUUUAUCAGUUCAAUUACAAUACAGGUUGUGUACUAAGCAAUGUAUUAAAGUCUAAAAAAAAAAAAACACACGGAAUGGAACGUAUACUGUGGUAAAAGGAGAUACAAAGGGUGACAAAUGUGUUUCCCUCUGAUUUGAGGACUUUACACUGCAUAGAGUACCCUCCUUGCAUGUGCUUUUCAGGUGUGUGAUGCUACGUUCCCUGCUGUGUGUAACAUUGUUUCAGCCUCCCUGUCGUCAAGUACCAAAAAGAACUUUUACUUGAUUUUUUUGGUUGCACUUGUAAUACAUUCUGCGUGAGCAUGACAAAUAAACUCUUAGGAACUAUUUUUGUGGCCAGCCUUGAAAGCUGCCAGGUAGCAAUGUAUUUUGUUUUGGAAUGUGGUAAUCAGAAGGGAAAAAAUAUAUAUACAUACAUACAAAUAAAACACUAUGUGAUUUAUGCACAUCUCAUUGUAUUAAUAUAUUUCCUGUACUGAAACUUUACUACUGUAAGCACAAAGUCUAUUUGUAAAGAUAUGUGAAAUCAUAUUUAUAAUAAACUAUUUUAUA